UCGACGUGUUAGCUACGACGUGCGGUUGGCUACGACGUGCGUUUGGCUACGACGUGCGUUUGGCUACGACGUGUGUUAGCUACGACGUGCGUUUGGCUACAACGGGUAUUUUUUAUUCGAUAGGUAAUGAGUGUAUUCUGCAUGAACAGCCCCCCUGAGCUAGCUAGAAAUGCUAGCGCGGAGCAAGAACGGAGUCCCUGCCCCCAAGCAGUUUACAAUCUAAAGGGAAGGUCACAGCAGAACUAGACGAGUAGCGCAGUGAGGCGGUCUGAGAUAGGGAAGACUUGCCGAGUUCAGGUUUGACCGUGGGCAUUUAACUUAACUUAAGCUAAUUUUCCUCAACGGCGACGCGAGCUAGAGAAGGAAGCGACAGACCGCUCUGCCGAGAAAACCCCAAAAGGAGUCCCGAACUAAACGACUACAUAACAAAGUAGUUCCACGAACUGUUCCCUCGAGGACAACGGCCCCACCCCCACCCCUAUGGAGAGCGACCACGCCAUUGGUCGCCGGCGCCGUCCAAUCAGCCGGGAGCGGGCUAUAGGAAGGGCUGCGGCAUUGGCGUCUGCGCUAGCAACAUGGCGGAUCGGCUCACUCAGCUUCAGGACGCCGUCAACUCGCUUGCAGAUCAGUUUUGUAAUGCCAUUGGAGUGUUGCAGCAAUGUGGUCCUCCUGCCUCCUUCAAUAAUAUUCAGACAGCAAUCAACAAAGAUCAACCAGCAAAUCCUACAGAAGAAUAUGCCCAGCUCUUUGCAGCACUAAUUGCACGAACAGCAAAGGACAUAGAUGUUUUGAUAGAUUCUUUACCUAGUGAAGAAUCUACAGCUGCUUUGCAGGCUGCAAGCUUGUGUAAGUUGGAAGAGGAAAACCAUGAGGCUGCUACUUGUCUUGAAGAUGUUGUUUGCAGAGGAGAUAUGCUUUUAGAAAAAAUACAGAGUGCCCUUGCAGACAUUGCUCAGUCACAAUUGAAGACAAGAAAUGGUACUCACAGCCAGUCUCUUCCAGACUCCUAGCACUGAUGAACACACAGCAUGUGGCUGAAAAAUUGAACUGUUUCAAUACAACCUAAGCUCUGCAUCAAAUUUAGAUGUGAAUUAUACCAACCUUUGCAAAAAAACAAAAAAAAAACAAAAACAAAAGCACUGUGAGAUGAUUUAUCUCUAAUAAUUCUGAACAGUCUUCCCUUGUCACUUUUGAUAUAGAAUAAGCCCUAUAAAAUGUUGUGGUAAGUUUGUAAAGUGAAUCAGCUUUAAACUAUUUUGUUGUCAUUGUUUCCAUUGUUUUCUGUAUAAAGUUAAAUUCCUUUUGCUUAUUGAGGAUAAUCUUGCUUUCAGGGUCUUAUUAAUAUAGUUAACUAGAGUCAGUUAUAAAGUCCUGGGAUGAAACAAUUUGCUAUCUCAUUUAAUUGUUUCUUCCAGACUGUAAAUUUUCUUAGUGUAAGGAAGGGAAAGUAAUAAUUAUUUAUUAAAUGCCUACUUUGUGCCAGGCACUAUGUAGAGAGCUUUGCAAAUAAUAUUUCAUUUCGAUAAAGCAACCAUGUUCUACCUAACUUUUGUAUCUUCUGGGAUACUAACAUAAUAUUCUUCACAUAAUGGGUACUUCAUUGUUGAAUUAAAUUUGUUCCAUAGUUUCUGCUCAAUUUUAAAACCAAAAUCUUUUUUUUAAAUCAGUUUUGUUGAUUUUUGUUUUUACAUUGCCUAGAUUUUUUUCAUAUCCCUUCACCUUUUUUCUCUUAGUCAUACUUUAUAACAAUUCUUUUAAAAGAAAAGAGAAAGGAAAAAAUAUUUAGUAAAACUGCUCAAUACAUUAAAAAAAAUCUCAUGUGUAGUGUUCCAAUACCUCUCAUUUCUCAUUUUUCUAGUUACUUAGCCUGCCUCCUCCCACAAAAUCGUUGCUUCCCUCAUCUAAGUUUUCAUUUAUUGCUAACAUUUGCAUUUCUGUCUUCCUUGUUCCCUUUGUACUCACAUACCCUUCUACUUUAUCUCUAUACCUGUCUUCCCAAAAUGUCCUUUUGCUCUGUCCUUCCACUGUGCCCUCUGGUAUUUGUGUUUCAGUCUAUCCUGUUCUUUUUCUCAGACCCAUUUCUCAUUUUUUUCCUACAUCAUUUUGCAUGAUUGAGUAAUUACAAAAUGCUACAUGAUUAAUACAAAUAAUAUGUGUUAAGAGUUCUUAAAAGGGAGAGGUCUCUUUUAGUCUUAGAAUAUUCUAUAAAGAAGCUAUACCUUGAGGUUUGUAACAUCAAGGGAAGGUGGUGAAAAAGAAUGGUAUAAACAAAAGUAGGAAAACACAAGAUUUAUUGCUUGAUUAAUGUAGAGAAGGAGUAGCAAUUAAGACUAGAAAGAUAGUUUGGAUCCAGAUUAUGGCAGUUCUUGAAUGCCUGACUAACGUGGUUGGAUUUCUGCUGGCAUUUAAAGACUUUUCAUAUGAAAAUGAUAUGUAUUGUAUCACCAGCUACUUAGUGGACAUUUUGAACUGAAUGUUCCAUAGGAUUUCCAAAUUUAACAUGUAUGAAAUAGAACUUUUAUCCUUUUCUGUUUCCCUCUUCCAAAUUUCCUUUUUUUCCAUUGAAGAUAACCACUGUUCUUUCUAUCUUUUAUAACACUCUCAGCUCCUUACUCUCAACAGUCACUUCCUUUCUUCUCAAUAAUCAAUUGCCAAGCCUUAUCAUCUCUUAUUCUUUCCCUUCUCUUCACCAAAAUCAUAUGCACCCUAAAUCAGGCCCUUAAAAAUUCUCACCUUCUCUAUUGCAAUACCCUAAUUGAAUUCCUGGAGACUUGCAUUCACCUUAUCUAACCUGGAAUCUCCCAAUUGCUCUAUGACCAUUUCCAAACCAUGUUGCUAGCAUGGACCCCCUUCCCCUCUCUAGCACACUUCUAUGUGUUGUUCUUACCAAUAACAUUGUAUGCUGCUUGAAGAUAGAAUCACCAUGCUUGCUUGUAUUUAGAUCCCCAACACUUAUUGUGUCUGAUACAUAGUGCUUAAUAAAUGCUUCAUUGUACAAUAUGUCUUGCUACUCAGAUAAUCUAGCACAAUAAUUGUUCACCCUCAAAUCUCUUCCCUUUCAAGUAAUUCUUGUCAAAGGAAUAUAUCUAAAAUGUGUAAAAUGUAAUUACUUUUUGCUUCCAGGAGUAUUUCAACUUUUUUCCUGGCAUUAAAACAUGGUGUCAACUUACCUUUCCAUACUUAUUACACAUUGUUCCCCUUAAUGUAAUUUACUAGCCAGCCAGACUUCUCUUGCUGUUUGUCACAUGAAACAUUCCAUCCUUCACAGGCAUGCAGUCCUUCCUCACUUCUGCCUCAUAGAAUAUGUAAUUUAUUUUGAAGCUCAGUUCAAGCCUCUACAGAAGUUCUUCCCUCAUCCCUUUGAGUUGUUGAUGUUUUCCUCACUCCCCAAAUUUUCUUGGAUAAUUUUGUAUCUGUUUUAAAUAUAUGUAAAGGUAUUAUAUUCUGCAAUAGACAGAUCUCCUUGAGGAAGCAGUGAGGGAACAGUGUCUUUUCUAUUUUGGUCUGUAUCCCUAGCAUUACAAUGCAUAGUAGUUGCUAUAUAAAUACUUGGUAACUGAUCAAUGAUAAAAAACAGUACGUGAAAAUAUCAUCUGGUUGUGGAAAAAAGCUGAAAAAAUUAAAUGAAUGUGAUGGAAUAUGAUAUUAUUAACAUGAAUUCAAAGAAAUGUGGCAAGAUUUUUUUGAGCUAAUGAAAAGCUAAAAAAUAGAACCCAAAGAAUAUAACUAUAAUGUGCUUUAAAAAGAUCAAAGAAAGCUGAACUUUGACUAACUGAUACUCCAACAUAUCUACCUUAUUGCAAAAAAAAAAAAAAAAAAGUUCCUGAAUCAAAUAUGGUCUGGUACAGACUGAUUGCUUCACUUAGUAGUAUUUUCAAAAAUUUUCACUUGGUCACCUUAUUCCUGCAAUUUAUAGAAUAUAUUCAAAAGUAGAAUGCACCAGAAAACUCCUAAAAAUAAGAAAACAAUGUGGGUUUGUAAUAAGAGCAUUUACCUUAAAUAUUUUAAAAACAGAACUCAAAUUUUAUAAGUUUGUAGAUUUAGGAAGGGAACUUGGAGGCCUCUUAGUCUGAAGCCCUCAUUUUGCUCACGAGGUAAUAAUUAAUGUUACUCAUUAAGUGAUUUGCCCAAUAUCACAUAUAGUAUAUUUUAUUCAGUUCCAUAAAAAAUAGCAAGGAAUUUCACAUUGAUUCGAAUCAAUCCAUAUUAAACCAAUGUUUUGUGCUUACUGUUCUUGUCUAUCAAUAGGGAAAUCAAUCUGAAAGCUAAAUGAAAAAGAAGCUCCCAGUAGCUACAUAGAAACAAUAAAUUAUUUUGAACACCAUUUCAUCCUACUGGAUUGUGUCAACAAAUUUUGUUUAUUCAUGAGUAUGUGUAGUGGAGGAAAUUUACUCAAAUUAAUGUCACUGUUUUGUCCUUUCAGCCUGGAAAGCAUUAUAGGCUUUAAAAAUAUUUCUGUUUUCAAGUCACUCAACCAUUUUUUUUGUCUACUGUAAAUAUAAUCAUUUCAUUAAAGCCUUCUAAUAGUC